AUGGCGAAGGUCGGUCGUGAAGGAGGUCACUUAGACUCCGCGUCUUCGCCAGGUUUAUCCUCCGAUUCCACUCAACGUCAAGGCACAGCAAAAGGUAGCAAGGGUCUGCAAAUGGAUAGACAUUCAGGGCUAAUAACGUACGGUGGAUACAUCUUGAUGCGAUCAGUCAAGCUGGACAACUGUAACACUGACUACCUCGCUAGGCAAAGCCGGUGGCGCCACUUCGAGAAGCAGCAGCUUUUCCAACGGGAAUUGAGCCAAAAGAUGAAUGCGCAUUUCGUCGCCAGCCUUGCCCAAGAGUAUGACCCCGUUGCGAUUCGCAGGCCUAAUUCACCGCUGUAA